UUUCCCCCCAGCCGCUCCAGGUACCCCCGACUUCAGUCAUGCAGCACCCCCCCAUCUACCCACCUGCCCCAGACACCCCCAACCUUGAACUCCCAAAGGUCCCCCUGGCGCCCUGCCAGCCCCCAGCCAUCCGCUGCCCCAGUUGAUCACCUCUCACUUAUUAAGACCCUCUGAAGCCCCAACCCUACCCCCGCUGCCAAACUCCCACCCACCGCUGCUUCAUACUCUUCCACCCUCAGCAAUAGUGUGGAAGGCGCCCGGGCCCCCUCACCACAGCCCUGACCCUCCUCUGAGAAGUGUCACACGCCAAGCUAGGCAAAUUUGGCCGCGAUGAGUGUCCCAAAGCCAGUCCCCUGCCACCGGCGCGAAAGGGGAAUCCCCGUUAGCAGUACGGAGUCAAUGACACACAGCGGAAGGGACAGAUGCCAUCCCUGGGCAGACACCAGCCAGCGGGUUCGAUACUAACGCUGCAGUCGCACCAUGCUAGGGGUGCAAAUGUUUAGGAGCCGGGCAAGGCAAAUGCAAUGGACGGGGGGGUGGGGGGGCACCCUGCCGAUGCCCCAGGGCACCCCGCGGGCCAGCACCCACAGAGGGGACGCGACUCCUGGUUCUAGUUGUGCUUGACACCGCCGGGGGGGGGCUUUGCAAACCCCGACGUGCCGUGCGCCCCUCCCCCCUGCAGGGGGCGCUGCUGGCGCGGGGAUCCCGGGAACCCCCCCCCCCGGUCCCUGGCUCCCAGCAUGCAUUGCGCCCCCAGCAUGGCCGCGGUGCCCAGCCCCUAUUGAGGAGGUGCUGGGACUCUGCCCAGCCCAGCGCCGUCGCUCCGCUCGGCCCCGCUCCCAGGCAGGCUCCGGCUACACGAUCCCAACCCAGGGCCAUGGCUGAGUGGGCGCCCGAGCAGGCUCUUGAAUGGGACAUGGAGUCCCAGGACCUGUCACUUGAACAGCCUCUUGCUGUCCCCGAACCAACUUCUAUGGACGAUGCAGAUCUUCAGACAGCAGAGAUUUCCCUUACGGUCGUGGCAGAAAUCCAAGCUGUGGACAGGAAGGUUGAGGUUCAGGCAGCACAACUGAUGAAUCUGGAGGGAAGAAUGAGGAUGGCAGAAACGAAACUAGUCGGUUGUGAGAAGACAGCGGUGGAGUUUGGGAAUCAGCUGGAGAGUAAGUGGACGGCGCUGGGAACUCUGAUCCAGGAGUACGGGCAACUGCAGAGGAGGCUGGAGAACAUGGAGAACCUGCUGAAGAACAGGAACUUCUGGAUCCUGAGACUCCCCCCAGGCGCUAAUGGAGAAGUCCCCAAGGUCCCGGUGACUUUCAACAACAACUCCUUUAAUUUCUCGGAGCAGGAGUGGAAGAGCUUGGACGAAUGGCAGAAGGAGCUUUACAGGCACAUCAUGAAGGGCAAUUACGAGGCUGUGAUCUCGCUGGACGCUGCCAUUUCCAAACCCGACCUCCUGUCCCGCAUUGAACGAGGGGAGGAGCCCAGUGUGGGAGAUCAGAGUGACUCUGAGGAAAGACAGAUCCCUGCAGAUCCCGGCCUGGGAUCUCCCGUUUCUACUCCCAGUGAGAACUUGUGGACAAAAUAUGAGGAGCCGCCUGUCGUGAAUCAGGGAGUCUCUGAAGAGGGAGGGAUCCCUACGGACCUUGGCACAUACGAGCAGCAGUGUGGUGAGGAAGGUCCUGCAAACCUCGAUCUUCCUAGCCUGUUACCAGGAGACUGGGAAGAGCUUUUCUCCAGUCCUGAGGAGGAAUUGACGAAGGAGAGCCAGACCAGCUCAGCGAUGCUGCAGAGAAACCCUCCCGGGAGUGGGCUGAGGCGAUCUGCUCGCCGUGGAAGAGAUUUAAUGAAAAAUGUCUCUGAGGAAGCACACGCAGCAGAGGGGCCGUACAUAUGCUGCGAGUGUGGGGAAAGCUUCCUAGACAAACAGCUUUUUGCCACACAUCAGAGAAUCCAUGCAUCAGGGGGAGCCUGCACUUCUCUGGAGCACGGAGAAAACGUUAAACAGAAACCCAAAAUCACAACUCCUCCAAGAACCCAGGUGCCCGUCCGUUCAAAACCCCCUAAGCGUCCUGAGCCAGAGAAGAGCUCCAAUCUCAAAUACGGCUUCGUAAAACACCAGGCAAACCAUAUGGUGGAGAGGCCCUAUACUUGCACUCAGUGCAGGGAGAGCUUCAGUCUGGAGGUGAGUCUUAUCUUACACCAGAAACUUCACACGGGGAAGGGCGAUGGGCCCCUGACGUGUACGUAUUGCGGCAAGGACUUCCGGGACCUCUCCAAGGCGAUCCGACAUCAGCGGAUCCACACGGGAGAGCGCCCAUAUCAGUGUACGGAAUGCGGGAAAAGCUUCAUCCGCAGGGAUCAUCUCCUGAAGCACUGGCGGGUCCACACGGGGGAGACGCCGUACCAGUGCCCCGUCUGUGGGAAGAACUUCCGCUACAAGGAGUCGCUGAACUGCCACCAGAAAAUUCACACGCGGAACCCCCAGCCCCUGGAGGGCUCACAGCAGCUGGAGACAGGAACCCAGACCACCCUCCUGGGGGUGAAAAAAGAAAAUAAACAGUAGCUCCCCCCUGGGUGGGGACUGAGGGGCUGUUGCAUUUAAAAUGGAAGAAAGCAUGUGAGGUGCAGCACAACGGCGAAUGAAUGGAAGCCACGGCCUGUUCUUGUGGCCGUGCUACAAAGCUUUGCUUCACUGACGUUUAAAUGGAGUUCCUCUUAAUAACUAUUGGGGUGAAAUCCACCCCAUGCAGGGGGCCAGCAGGAGGCCUAUGCACCACUUUAACCCUGUGGGGGUUGCAUGGGACUUAAUAGGCCUUGUGGACUUCACCCUUAGAGAAUAAAUGAGCUAUUCCCUGGGUUGCCAGCAGGGGUCAGCAUUUAGCAGGUGUUUCCUCACCUACCCAGUUUCUGGUGCAUAUUUAUAGGAGUGAUAUGAAUUUUCAAGGUCAUUGUUUCCCCCCACCAUUCCCAGCCAGCAGGCCAGUGGAUCUAGUAGAAGAGAAGAAGUUGGCUGGGGAGGUGAUGCAGGGGUGGGGAAAGGGACACACAAAAAACCCCCAAGCGGGAAGAAGUGGCUGCAGAACCGGUCCUGGAAUGGGAAGCUAGAGGGGAUUGGUGGGAGGCAGAUGGACAUGGCUCAAGGCUGUUGGGUGGGAGAGUAACUCCAGAGGAGGAUGUGACUGCGGAGAUACUCUAUUCUCAUUCCACCCCCCAGGGGGUGAAAUUCCGUACCAAGCAGGCUCUAGACUCUCUUUUGGACUUGGCCCAAUGGAAGCUGCCUGUGAUUCAUUCAUAUGAACUUCCACUGAAGGUAAUUUUACUGGUCACAAGGGAAGUGACACAAGAGAGAGCAACUUCUGCUAAACCCUGGAAGUGGUUGUUUUAGUUAAUGAUAUAUCAGAACUAGAAUAUUAUUCUAAGAUACAAUAAAACAUGUGGCACUAUACUUCACAGUUGAUCUAAGCUAUUUAAAUGUAUGAAAUAACUGACCCAAGUUUUUCAGACUUUUGUAAAUAUUGAUUGAAUUAUAUAAGAUAAGUGUUGUUAAGGAGUGACUGUAACUAGAUGUCUCUUUCUCUGUGUAAUGUCAGCUGCUGGUUUGUGGUUGUGUUUUUGUAAUACCUUUUUUGCAAAAUCGGUCAAUACAGUGUUUCCAUUCUGAAGCCCUUGUCCGGCAAAUCAGUGGCUGGAGCUCUGUCCUCCUUCCUUGCCAGUCUCAUCCUCUCCCUGCUGUAUAGUUUGUUCUCCCUUUCCCCCACUCCCAUGCCUGAGGCUGCUUGGCUGUACCUGUUAAAAGUUGCAAGUUUUCGUAGCACUUUCCUAGCAACCGAAUUAGUUUGUCAAUUGCAUGGUCUGAACUAGCUCCCGCUUGUAGUCAAUGAGAACAAUAUUGUCAAGGCCAAGCAUUGAAAAAUCAUGUCACACCCCCACCCCACCCCCCAAAUCAUGAGAUUGGUUUCAACAUCCUGAGGUGUUAAACGUAAUAAAUGAUGGAGAUGUG